AUGUGGCUGGAGCUGGGGCUGUGCAAGGCUCUUAUCCGCGCUGUGUCGCACCUGGGGUACAUUUCUCCCACACCAGUGCAGGCGGAGGCCAUUCCUGCGGCGUUGCGCGGGGUCGACGUGUGCGCGCGAGCCGUCACGGGAUCUGGCAAAACCGCUGCCUUCCUGCUACCGCUAGCGCACCUGCUCCUCACGCGGCAGCCGCAGAAAGCAACCGCGCUGAACAGUCGACGCCGCUUCAUCCGGGCCGUUGUGCUGCUGCCGACGCGGGAGCUCGGUGUGCAGUGCCAAGACAUGCUAGCGCAGCUCCUCCAGUUCACUUCGGGGCUGACGGUGGCGCUGGCCAUCGGCGGCGUCGCGCCUGCCGCGCAGGAGGCCGCGCUGGAUGCGGUGCCGGAUAUCCUGGUGGCCACCCCUGGCCGGCUCGUCGAUUACAUUCACAACUACAAGAACGGGGCCGGUCUCGACCUGACCGGGGUGGAGGUGCUGGUGCUGGAUGAGUGCGACAAGAUGCUGACGGUCACUCUGCAAGAUCAGGUGCUGGACAUCCUGCAGCACGUCCCGGAGGAGACGCGCCAGGUGCUCAUGUUCUCUGCCACCAUGACGAAGGAGGUGGACGAGUUUGCCAAAGAGCAUCUCUUCAAGCCCAUCAACGUCGACAUCGGCCACAUCGCCUUGCAGUCGAAACUCCGGCAGCAGUUUGUGCGCAUCCGCACCACCCCUGCGGCGUCGGCGUCGACUGCCGACAACGUCGGUGCCGCCUUCACUGCAGAGGCGGCGGCGAAGGACGGCGAGACGCCGCGUGAAACGCGACUGCGCCAGAAGCGGCACCGGGCAGAGCGGGCAUCGGCUGACGGCGCGGAGGACGGGCGGGACAGCGCUGCCGCCGUGGAAAGUGAGCAGGAGCACAUCGCCAAGGUCAAGACGCGCUACCUCGUUGCCCUUUGCCAGAACUACCUAAAAGACAAGACGAUCAUCUUCUGCCGCUACCGCACGACCACGCAUCGACUAGCUCUCGUGUUCAACGCACUGGGCCUGCCUGCCGUGGAAAUUCAGGGCAACCAGCUGCAGGAAGAGCGCUUUCAGGCCUUCAAGAAGUUUGCGCGCAGCGAGGUGCGGUACCUCAUCACCACGGACGUGGCGUCGCGCGGGCUCGACAUUCAAGGAGUGGCCACGGUGCUCAACUACGACUUGCCGCCGACUCUCACUGCCUACAUCCACCGCGUGGGGCGCACCGCGCGCAUUGGGCUGACCGGCACCGCGGUGUCCCUCGUGCAUGAGGUCGAGGACGCCGACAUCAUGCGCAAGAUCCUCUCGGUGAGCGGAGCCGUCAACGAACAUCAGGUAGCGACUGUGAAGCGCCGCGAUGUACCGGAUGCGCUGUUGGCCAAGGCGACCAAAGACGUCGACGACGUGUUCCCGCAGGUGCGCGCACAGCUGGCGGCCGAGCAGCUUGAGGAGAAGAUUACCCAGGCCGAGAAGCGCUACGGCACCGCCAGCGACGGCUUCCUCAACGAGGUGACGACAAAGGCGAAGCGGGAGUGGUGCCUCAGCCGCGAGGAGCGAAAAAAACGCGACGAGGAGGCGCGCCGGCUGUACGAGAAGGAGGCAGAGGUGACUAUCAACCACUUCCAGAAUGAGCUGUCGAACUUGGAGCGGGAGGAGACGGAGAUUCUGCAGCGUCAGCGCAAGGUGCGCCGCGUGGAGCGGGAGAAGAAGAUGCACGAGGCGAGCAAGACCAAGGCCCGCGCGCGCGAGCUGCGCGCGAAGAGCGAGAAGAAGAUCCAAGCCGGCGUUGUGAAGAAGCUCAAGCAGCGAAGGAUCCGCCAGGCUGCCAAGGAGCGGCGUGCCGAGGCUCGCGUGCAGAAGGGCGUUGCUCCCUACAAGCACGGUGACGGUAAGCAGCGCAAUAAGAAGUCUCGCCAUAAGAAGCGCAUGAAGAAGCACUGA